UUCGGUGGAGCCGAGGACGCUCGAACGCCGAACUUCCUGUGCUCAGGAGGGGGCAGGGUUUUGUACUGUGGGAGUCUGAGCGCGAGUAGGUCCGAAAGCCGAAUCACAGUCGUUCGGAAAGAGGAGGAGCGAAGGCCCGAGCGUCCGGAAGAGGGUGUGGCCUCGGCGGUGCCUUAUCCUCCAGAGCUCCUGACCCCUGACGGGAACACCCGAAGGGGGACGCCCACUUUGCAAGAGGGUGGUGCCAAAAUGGACCUUUGUAAGGGGGCGUGUCGCCGCGCUUGCGGAGGUUUGUUUUUCACACUCCAAGGCGCAAUCGUAGGAGGAUGCUGGUGGUGGAGGUGGCGAACGGCCGCUCCCUGGUGUGGGGAGCCGAGGCGGUGCAGGCCCUCCGGGAGCGCCUGGGUGUGGGGGGCCGCACGGUAGGCGCCCUGCCCCGCGGGCCCCGCCAGAACUCGCGCCUGGGCCUCCCGCUGCUGCUGAUGCCCGAAGAGGCGCGGCUCUUGGCCGAGAUCGGCGCCGUGACUCUGGUCAGCGCCCCGCGUCCAGACUCUCGGCACCACAGCCUGGCCCUGACAUCCUUCAAGCGCCAGCAAGAGGAGAGCUUCCAGGAGCAGAGCGCCUUGGCAGCUGAGGCCCGGGAGACCCGUCGUCAGGAGCUCCUGGAGAAGAUUACGGAGGGCCAGGCUGCUAAGAAGCAGAAACUAGAACAGGCUUCAGGGGCCAGCUCGAGCCAGGAGGCCGGCUCGAGCCAGGCUGCCAAAGAGGAUGAGACCAGUGAUGGCCAGGCUUCGGGAGAGCAGGAGGAAGCCGGCCCCUCGUCUUCCCAAGCAGGACCGUCAAAUGGGGUAGCCCCCUUGCCCAGAUCUGCUCUCCUUGUCCAGCUGGCCACUGCCAGGCCUCGACCGGUCAAGGCCAGGCCCCUGGACUGGCGUGUCCAGUCUAAAGACUGGCCCCACGCCGGCCGCCCUGCCCACGAGCUGCGCUACAGUAUCUACAGAGACCUGUGGGAGCGAGGCUUCUUCCUCAGUGCGGCUGGCAAGUUCGGAGGUGACUUCCUGGUCUAUCCUGGUGACCCCCUCCGCUUCCACGCCCAUUAUAUUGCUCAGUGCUGGGCCCCCGAGGACACCAUCCCACUCCAAGACCUGGUUGCUGCUGGGCGCCUUGGAACCAGCGUCAGAAAGACCCUGCUCCUCUGUUCUCCGCAGCCUGAUGGUAAGGUGGUCUACACCUCCCUGCAAUGGGCCAGCCUGCAGUGAACUCCAGAGACCUAGGGGAUGUGGCUGUGUCGGCAGCAAGAGCCUUUCUGGAUGUUCCCCAGCUCUUCUCUGGGAGUCUAGAACAUCCUCCUACCUUUCUCCGCGGUUAGUUUUUGAUUCCAGGUUUUCGAACACUACAUCUUUUUUAUGUUCUUCCUUGUUUCAAAGCACUUAUUGGCUGUGUUUUUGUAGUUACCUAUUUUCACACUGUGAGCUUCCCGAGAAUGGGGCCUGGGUUUGAUUCAUCUGUUUUCUACAGGGUUUAAGUCUCAGGAGGUCUCAAUAAACUUGUUAUAUAAAUGUU